ACAACUAACAUUACACAAUUGGUGCUAAGAAACGUUACCAUUAGAAACUACAAAUGGUGUGUCAAUAUGCCUCCAAGGUGUUCCUAUUAUACGGAAAACCAACGUUACAUUCAGGAAGUUAUCGAAAAAGAAGAAGUACGCCUAGUAAAUAGAUGUUGUUCUGGAUUUAAAGAGGAUGCGAUAUCCUCCACCUGCGUCUUCGAUUGCGCGCAAUGCUCCACCAUUGAAUGUAAAUUGAGCUCUGAAUGUUCCUGUCCACCUGGAUUUUGGGGCCAAGAAUGCGAUUUAGGUUGUCCCGAUUAUUACUGGGGUCCGAACUGCUUCGAGAAGUGUCCUUGCAUUAAAGGAAGUUGCAACCCCAUUACAGGAUACUGCAAUUGUCCUCCAGGUUGGAAAGGAAGCAGGUGUGAAGAAGAAUUGACACCACAAACUAAUUCGAGUGCGAGAUCUGAUGGGAGUAACUUUGUGAAAAGUUUAACCAAACAAUCAGAUCGUGCACAUUAUCCGACACUUCAAAAAUACUUUACAUUUAUGGUUACGACACAUAAUCCAGCUUCUGCAGUUAGAACUGAAUCCGAUCCACUUUCCAUUUCAACACCAAAAAUCGCAUCUGUGUUAGUGUCCCAUACGGAAACGACGACAGAAAUAAACGACCAGAGGCCGCCAGUAGCGAUUAACGAUGUAGGCGGCAAAACGGAAAUGAGUACAGAGUCUGUUGCGGCACAGUCAAUUAUACAAGAAUCUGGAACACAACAAAAUCAAAGCUUUGUAAAUAACUCGAUGUUAGAUCGAGCGAUUUCCGUUUCACAAGUUACUAACGAUAUUGUGAAAGAGAAAGUGGCGGAGAGUAUUGGGGUUAGUGUAACAAACACACAAACUGUAUCUUCUGAAGGUAGUUGGCUCGAUGAUCAAUCACCUGCAGAUAUCGACACAAAUUUAUCAACCCAUCCCAAUGGUACAUAUGUAAAGAGUUCUCAUAUAAUAUUUAGCGUAGGUGCGGUUGUUGGAAUAUUGGCUACCAUCAUCAUCAUAGUAGCGGUAACAUUUCUAACAACGCAAAAUUACAAAUACAAACACAAUAAAAUGUCGAUAUUAGGAAAUGACAAAAACACCAAAAAUGGAAGCAGCGAUGGAAGAUUAUCGGCUGUUGCAAUUUACACUCGUAGCGUUUUCCAUACGCCACUACCUG